AGCGGUCAAUGCCGCACAGAAAAUCCGCUCCGACUUCACAUGCUACAAAGGAAUGAAUGAACGUGAACACCCUUCGACAGGGCAGCGCAGCCCUGACAGCUCAACAUACUAUCACCUCACCUUCUCGACGUUGUCAAACUUCCUCCUCCCCAUCGCCACCCCACGCUCGCUUUAAACAGGUCAAACAAAGAUCAACAAGCUCAUCAUGAGGCUCGGACGGUCGUAUCAGGUGUGCAUCGCGGUGCUUGCACUGGUCGACAGUGCGUACGCCGCCGAUCCUUCAUGGCAGCCCAUCUCCUUCACUAUCGAUCCAAUGUCACCAAUGGUUCUAUGGUCACCUUUGUGGAAGCCGGCAUUCGGGGGUGUGACCAAUCCCUCCCGCUUUCAAGUGGGAUGGGGAGCCUCUCAGCGCAUUCUCAAUACCGCGGACGUCCCGCCUGAACGUCAGGGCGAUAUCAACGCUACCGGCUUCAUCAUCUCGCCCUUCGUAGGGAGUGAGCUGAGGGUGUACGGUGGGCGCGCACCUUCACUCCCCAACGCCACAGACAUCUUCCGUGCCAUUGUUAACGACGUCGCAAGUUCCACCGGCGUGAGCGCUCCGGGAAAGAAUGGCUCAGCGAUCAGCAUCGAUCUCUCGACCAACAUUUCGUCGAUCCAUGUCUUCGCGGCGGAAGGUGAAGGUGUACUCACCAUUGACGCUCUCCAAUACACCUCGCGCAUUGCUACCAACUUCACUUCUGCCGAUCAAAUCCCUCGCGUCACAGAGUAUUUCAUUACGGAUGGGGCUCUUAAUCCACGCCUAACCUGGGAGAACCACACCACAGACCCAUCAGCACGCUGGCGCGUUCAAAAAGGUGUCGCGGAUGUGAUGGAGGUUGCUGCAUCUCCCAUUCCCACUGCCACUGCCACGCAGCCGCUCACCGGCCCCGUCAGAGACUCUGGGCCAAGUGCCUAUUGGCAGGCUGUGUCUGCUUCCAAUGACACCAGCUGUAGGCUUACAGUUCCGGCCGGUACAUCGUUCUUGGUUAUCAAUGGAACUACGGGCCUUGGUAGGGGGGUGUUGGCAGCAGAGUUCCAACCAUUGCCGCCACUCCCUCGCGGUCGAAGCAACGAGACCCCUUCCGACAUCGCUUCCGAGCAGUUCAACUCCGCAAAUAGCUCGUGGGCCGCCGACACAAUCCUGUAUGUGCGCGAGUUGGAUCCGACCGUGCAAUACAAUUUGAGUGUGCGCUCCGCGGCCUCGGAAAAGGGAAAUAUUGGCAUUCACAGCAUCACCUACUUCUAUGGACUCGAUACCGGGGAUAAACCCACGACUGCGGCCAAGUCCAAUACCGCGGCCAUCGCCGGCGGCGUCGUCGGCGGUGUGGUGGGAGGUCUGCUGCUGACCUUUGUGGCCGUAUACCUGUGCAUUUGGAGGCCCAGAAAGCGGAAGGAAAGGGAAGAAGCCGAGCGCGAGGCCAACAUCGAGAACUCGCGCUUCACGCCGUUCGUCCAGCCGCAACUUGGUAGCGAGGCGCACAUCAACACUGUUCCGCCAAGCUAUGACCCGGCGUGGGCGGGCGCAUUCCCCCGCGAGACGAGCGCUCCGCGCACCAACAGCGAGAGCGACGCACCCUUAUUGGGAACCGCAAGCGAAAAGCAGUUGUACACAGAUCACUCUGGGCUCUCAACCCCGUCACCGUCCGUGGUGCCGGACUGGAAGAGGCCGUAUCUUCCUGAGAGUCAUGGCGGUGUUCCGCUCGGUCGCGCACCGAGUGCCACAGAAACGUCUGGUCCACGAGGUUUUUUCCGGAAGAGGACCUCCACCACUGGGACCUCAGAGCAGACCUUGACUACAACGGCCGGCGCAUUCAGCGAGAAGUCCAAGCAAAGCCCCCAGGACGGGUACAGUGAGGCCAUGUUGCGCGCCGUAAACCCCGACCCAUAGUAAGAUGUGGUUGUAUAGCCUAUGUGUAUGUACCAAGAUGAGGUCUUCGA